AGUUUAGCUUCUCUUCAUGUUUUUAUGUGAAAAUCUUCUUCCUCACUCUCACGUUUUCAUCGUUGUCACUUUCCAGGAGACUACAGGUAGCCUACGCCCAGUCCGCACUGGCAGAGAAUUCCACGACAAAGACAAAGGAAUACAAAUAGGCUACCCAUAGUGGGGAGUGGGCGGAUUGCUAGGAAGUCAAAUUACAAUGAGUGAAGUCAAAUUCGGAGAGAAGGAGAGUCAACCGAAGAGUGGGAGAGAAAGAGUACACGAAAAAACGUUUACGUUUAUGCCGUGUCAGUAAAGACUCGUAAGAAGACGGUAUCGUUUUGAUAUAAGAUACUAGUGUUUUGUUUUAGGAGGGGAAGAGAAGAAAUAGAAGGACGUGACAUUUUAAAAAUAGUUUUCUACAGCUAGAAACUUUCUCUCAGCGUUCUGUACUACAGACUGUGGUUUAUUUUUUGAGAAAGAAAGACAACUGAACAGCAGCAGCAAUGGCGCCCUCUCUCCUCCAGGCCUAUAGGAGGCGCUGGUGGAUGGCUAUGACGGCGGUGUUGGAGAACCUUCUGUGUUCUGCCGUGCUGCUGGGAUGGGGCUCACUCCUCCUCAUGCUGAAGGGCGAGGGCUUCUACUCACACCUCUGCUCAGAGAAUGACACGAAUGCCCACGUGCUGGCGCUGGGCAACAAGUCGUCCUGGGAGAGUGGUAUCUGGGUGAGCUGUGUGGACCAGGAGGAGAUGCUCAACCUGGGCUUCACCAUCGGCUCCUUCCUCCUCAGCGCUGCCACCCUGCCCCUGGGCAUCCUCAUGGACAAGUACGGCCCGCGUCCACUACGCCUUCUCGGCAGUUUUUGUUUUGGUCUCUCCUGUGCCAUAAUGUCAAUAUCAGCGUACGAUCCUCAACGGCUCUCUGCUCUCAUCUUUCUGGCCCUCUCCUUCAACGGCUUCGGUGGCAUUUGCUUGACCUUCACCUCCCUCACGCUACCCAACAUGUUUGGCAGUCUGAGCUCCACCAUCAUGUCUCUGAUGAUUGGCUCCUAUGCCUCCUCCGCUGUCACCUUCCCUGGAGUCAAGCUGAUCUAUGAUGCGGGCGUGUCGUUCCGGGUGAUCAUGUGGGUGUGGUCGGGUCUAGCAGGCUUAGUCUUCCUCAAUUGUUUUCUCAACUGGCCAGUGGAGGCCUUCCCCACUCCCGACGAGGUCGACUACAGUAAGAAGUUAGCGCUGACUUAUCUGUCUGGGGACCAUAAGAGUGUGGGAGAGAGGUUGAGUCAGAAGAAUGGAGGCCUCAACGACUCCACUGAGAAGCUCCCAGCUGACACACAGAAUGCCAUCCCAUUCCGUAGGUCGGUGUUCUCGCCCAUCUUCCUGUGGAGUCUGGUUACCAUGGGGAUGACCCAGCUCAGGAUAAUUUUCUUUAUGGGCGCAAUGAACAAGAUGCUGGAGUUCCUCGUCACCCACGGCGACCCUCACGCUUCUGGGACGUUGAUCGUCGAGGCAAAGGAGAAAGUGAGUUUCUACUCGUCCAUCUUUGGCACCCUGCAGCUGCUCUGCCUGGUCACCUGUCCUCUGAUUGGCUACAUCAUGGACUGGAGGAUGAAGGAGUGUGUGGCAGAGACAGAGAAGAGACCAACAGACGGGCCGACGAGAGACAAAAAGAUCCAGAAAAUCACCAAUGCCAUGAGAGCCUUCAUCUUCACCAAUCUGCUACUGCUGGUGUUCGGAGUGUGUUGUCUGAUAGACAACCUGCCGCUCCAGAUCCUGACCUUCAUCCUCCACACCAUGGUCAGAGGGUUCAUCCACUCCUGCUGUGGAGGCCUGUAUGCUGCCGUGUACCCCUCUAACCACUUUGGUACUCUGACUGGGCUGCAGUCGAUGAUCAGUGCUGUGGUGGCCCUGCUGCAGCAGCCCCUCUUCAUCAUCAUGGUGGGAUCCCUGCACGGAGACCCCUACUGGAUCAACCUGGGCAUGAUCCUCUUCUCAUUGGGUGGCUUCCUGUUGCCUGGAUACCUAUUCUACCAUCGCAGACACCUGAUCCAGGAGAAGGAGGCUCGAGAAAAGAAUGGCAUUUGCCAGGAGAGAGAGGGUCUCAACCACUCAGAUCACAACGGCCUCAAACACCAUAGCAACGGUCUAGCAUAGGAAGUGGUUCUGGCGCAAUGCUAAGGAUUGUGGGAACUGUAGAAUUUUUGUCCGUGUCCAUGGUUAUCCACAAAAUCAGCAUCGUUUUAUUUUUUCAUUGUUAGGAUUAUUGCUGUUUUUGUUGACUAAACCAUAUUUUUUAAAUCAUAAUCCACACAUUUGUCUCUAAGGAGAAGUUGUGUCGUCAAUAUUUUAUGCUGUUUAGUUUCUGGGUUCAGUUCAGAAUAUCCAAAUGACUUGUUAAAAAGCCACAACACUUUUCACUGGUCACAAGCAGACACUCACACCUUCAUAUGUCCGUGUUGCUAGGCCAAAACUUCUAAGGUACUUGAAAGACCCUUCAGUGGCGUGUUAAUUCUUUAGUAUUACUCAAUCCAUGCAGACGAACACACACACAACACCAAAGAAUGAUAUUCAGAUAUGAAUUGUGCAACUUCUGCUGAAAAAAGUAAUUCAUUGUAAAUCAAAUACACUGGGUGUCAUAUACAAAAAAAGGAAUCAAAAUGACAUUAAGUAUGAAUUAACACAGUAAGGUAGUGAUACGUUUUACUAGGAAGCUUGGGAAAACCAAUGCAAUGCACACUUCACCCAGCCACGAGUAAUGCUACAAUUUGUUGUACCAAAUAUGCCAAUGCUUUUUCUAUUGCAAUAUUUUUAUCACAUUAAACAUGCAUACAGACACACAGACUGACUGUAGAGACACUGACUACCUCUUCUUUCCCCCAAUGGUCUCUCUUCAAUCAAGACCCGUCUGUGUGUGGUGUGUAGAUUUGACUUUUCAUUGUCAGUUGAAAUACGUAGAUUUUCUAUGCAUAGAUUGCUAAUUCAAAAAGUGGAGUUAAUCGGUCAUUCUCCACUGAACAUACAAUUCAGAUGUUUUUUUAUAGGAAAACAUGAACUUGUGACACUCGACCCCCAAAAGCAUAGACUUUAAGGUUUUAAAAGUAGACACGUAGAAUGGUAGUGUCCACUGUGUCAUACUUUUACAGCUUUGUGCACAGGAAUGAACUUGUGUGUAAAUAAAUGUAUUUAAGUGUCUUUUUGUACCUUUUAGCUGCAUGUGUUUUAAAAAAGGGAAGUUGUGUGUUAGCAGAUGUAUUCAUUGUAGUGCCAUGAAUUUAACUACGUCUGAUGAAGAUUGUGUUUUUGCUGUGUACUGUACCCGGUUACAGAGCUCAUGUAUGUUGUAGGGCCAGGAAUUUUUCCUAUCCACAUAUCCUGACCAGGGAAAACUCUGUGCCCUACGUAAACACAAAGCUCUGGCCUACAGACUUAUUGUAAAUCUAACUUUAUCUCCUAUGCAAAUGCUUCUGGUGUCAUGCCUCACUACACUAUUGGCUGAGAAGACACCAAUGUUCUCAAUAUAAAUAGUCUGAUGCAUUUAUAUUAUGCAGUUUCUAUUAUGCAACUGUUAAUGUGAAUCAUUAGUAUAUAGUGGGGAAGGGGGAUUGAAAGUGUUAUUUUUGUAUUAAUUCAGUGCCUUGCCUGACCUCAGUGCAUAGAAUUGAAUGUAAAUCAACAGGAAAAGACAGUACCAAACUUCACCUAGGAAACCAAAUCCAUGUUGGGAGCCAUUCUAGUCAUAUCUAUGGGCUGCUAAGCCAUAUUUCAAUAUGUACAACACCUUUCCUCAGGGGCAUGUAGCUUUGCGAAAAUGAUGAAAUGUAUUGUAUCUAAUCCCCUCCCCAUCAUGCUCCUGUUUAUAACGUUGUGUCAGAAGUGAUAUGCAUUAUUUUGUUUCUGCCAUGUCUCAUUUGGGGACUAAAACCAGCUUUAAGUCUUAUCAAAUAAACAAAUAUGUAAGAAA